GUGAUUUCGAGUAAAUAAAUGUACUGAUCGAGGUUUUGUUUCAGAAGUUGCAAUGAUUUAAACUUAUUCCUAAUUGUCGGCCUUGUUUAUAUUUCUUGGUUUCUUGAUGCUUUUGAUCUAGAACAAGCAAAAGAUGAUUUUGAAGUUGUGUGUGCCUGGGCUAAUGAUUUUGUUUCUACUGUGUUCAGUGGCAACGGCAAUGGAUCAAAGUGCAGCUGAUUCGAAACCUGGCUGCCGAGACAAGUGUGGCAAUGUUAGUGUUCCCUAUCCCUUCGGUAUUGAUGAGUCCAGUUGCGCCGAAAACCAGUACUUGUUUCUAAAUUGCAGUCAGAGUGAUGGUCAUGGUCCUGAGAAGUUGUGGUUUGCUAAUAUUCCUGUUCUCAGUAUAUCAGUUCUUGAAGGCUUAAUGGUUGUCAGCAUCUUCACAGCAUAUGACUGCUACAACCAGUCAGGGGCAAAAAUGAAGGAAACUAAUCUCUCUAUCCAUCUCGGUCAGGGCCCCUACAUGUUCUCAGACACCCGAAACAUGUUCACAGCUAUAGGCUGUGAUACUAUGGGUUUUUUCAGUAACGCUGACGUCACAUAUGCAGCUGCUUGUAUCUCCUCAUGCGAUGAAAUGGUGAGCCUGGCCCAUAACAGUUCUUGCUCAGGUUCAGGAUGCUGUCAGACCUCAAUUCCCCAGGGCCUAAAGUCUCUGUCUAUUCUCUCUAGCUCCAUAUACAACCACAUAAAUGUUUCAGAUUUCAAUCCUUGUGGAUAUGCAUUUUUAGCAGACAAAAGAACCUUCAAGGCUUCAGAUUGGCAGCUCUCAGGUUUGCCAGAUGGAAAUGCUUCAGAUGCUGUGAUUGAAUGGGUCGUCGAAACAAAGUCGUGUGAACAGGCUGGAAUGAAUACCAGUUCAUAUGCUUGCCGCAAUAAUACUAACUGCAAUUACUCUAAGAAUGGCCAAGGAUAUCGUUGUUCAUGCAAAGAUGGAUUCACAGGAAACCCCUAUCUUUCACCAGGAUGUCAAGAUAUUGACGAGUGUGCUGAUCGACAAAGGUAUCCUUGCAAAGGAAAGUGCAAGAACACGCCUGGAAAUUACACAUGCAGUUGUCCAAUGGGCAUGCACGGUGAUGGUAAAACAGGUUGUCAAGGAUUUGGUAUCGCCACCAUUGCUUCAGUUACUGGAGGAACUAUUUCCCUUGUGAUCAUCGGUGUGCUGCUCUAUAUAAUUUUGAGGAAAUUAAGAAAGGUUAAAAACUUUAGAGAAAAUGGAGGCAUGGUUUUAAAGCAUCAACGAGUAAGGAUUUUCAGUGAGGCAGAGCUGGCAAAAGCAACCGAAAAUUACAAUGAUCAUAAGAAACUUGGCGAAGGAGGCUUUGGCUGUGUUUACAAAGGAGUUUUACCAGAUAAUACCCAACUUGCAGUGAAGAAGUUUAAGGGAGUAGACAAGGCUCAAAUGAACGAGGAAUUUCAGCAUGAAAUUGGCAUGGUUUUGCAAGUCAAUCACAAGAAUGUGGUCAAGCUAUUAGGCCUGUGUUUGCAGACCAAAGUGCCUUUGCUAGUUUAUGAAUUCAUUUCAAAUGGAACUCUUUUCCACCAUAUCCAUGAUAAGAAGUCCCAAGUGUUGAGAACGUGGACAGACCGUUUGAGAGUAGCUGCUGAGACUGCACUUGCACUUGAAUAUUUGCAUUCUUUAGCAAACCCUCCAAUGAUUCACGGGGAUGUCAAGACGGUGAACAUACUUUUGGAUGAGGAUGGAACAGCAAAGAUAGCCGAUUUUGGAGCUUCAGUGCUGAUCUCACCUGGCCAAACGGAUAUAGCCACAAAAAUACAGGGGACUUUUGGCUACCUGGAUCCUGAGUAUCUCAUGACAGGUAAUUUAACUGUAAAGAGCGAUGUCUUCAGCUUCGGAGUAGUUCUUGUGGAACUUAUGACAGGACAGAAGCCAAACUCUAACGCUAAGUCUGGAGAGAAGCGUAACGUGGUUCAAGACUUCAUCUCAUCAUUAGAAAACAAUCAUCUCUUUAAGAUUUUAGAUUUUGAGGCAGAUGAAGAAGAGCUGGAGGAGAUUGAAGUGGUUGCCGAGCUUGCAAAAAGAUGUGUAAAUAGCAGUGGUGUGAAAAGGCCAAGCAUGAAGGAAGUAUCUGACGAGCUUUCUAGGCUAACAUCACUCCAUGAGGACUUGUGGGGUCAGAAAAAUAGUGAAGAGACGGAGCAUUUGCUAGGAAAAUCAGCACUCUCUUUCAAUGAGAAUGCAAGUCCUUCAAUGAAUGAACCUCAGAUGGCUCAGACUGUCAUAUCCUUGGAGAUUGAAAAUUACACGAACAGUAUUUAAAACUGAACCAAUGCCGGUCUUUAACCGACAUUAUCGGUUGUAGUUGUGCUUGUGCAUGUAAUAAUAAGCAGCUUUUUACAACCUCUUGAGCUGUUUAAACUUGUGUUAAUACUUGCUAGGAUCCUGUUAGUCUCAGGUGAGGCUACAGGUAAUAAACACUAGAGCUUUUUCGGUCUGUAAAUCCAAUUGGAUCUGUUCUGAUAAGGCACUGAAAGGUACAUCAAUAGUCUAUAAAAUCAAAAGAGAAGGUAAAUCUGGAAGCAUUGCUUGUCAGUUAUAUUC